AUGAAGAGUGCUAGCAAAUGGGUGCUUAUGUUUUGCUGGCUAGGGGCAUUAUCCUUAGUCACAGGUUAUACCAGAUUUGGAAGAAAGGCCUUCCCACCAGACUUUGUUUUUGGUCUUGGAUCUGCAGCCUAUCAGUAUGAAGGAGCAGCUCGAGAGGAUGGAAAGGGUCAAAGCAUUUGGGAUACAUUUGCCCACACACCAGGGAAAAUUGUUGACAAUAGCAAUGGAGAUGUUGCUGAUGAUCAGUACCACCGUUAUAAGGACGAUGUGAAACUUUUGGCCGAUCUGGGAGUUGAUUCAUAUAGAUUUUCAAUUGCCUGGACUCGCAUAUUCCCAAAUGGAAGAGGAAAGGUGAAUACGAAGGGAAUAGCUUAUUACAACAAUCUUAUUGAUGAACUUCUUAAGCAUGGCAUCCGUCCAUUCGUGACUAUAUUCCAUUGGGAUCUUCCACAGGCUCUUCAAGACGAGUAUGGAGGUUUCUUAAGCGAAAAAAUUAUAAAAGAUUUUGUCAACUAUGCAGACGUAUGCUUUAAAGCAUUUGGUGAUCGAGUGAAGAAUUGGGUAACAAUAAAUGAGCUGAUAAGCGUGAGCGUGUAUGGAUACAACUAUGGAAGCCUUGCGCCUGGCCGCUGCUCCAAAGCAGUUGGAAAUUGCAGCGCUGGAAAUUCAGCCAUUGAAACAUAUAUUGUCAACCACAAUUUGAUUCUUUCACAUGCUGCUACUGUAAAACUAUACAGAGACAAUUAUCAAAAAACACAGAAGGGAAUCAUUGGUAUCACGCUUGUAACCCACUGGUUUUUACCUCACAGCAAUACAUUAGCCGACCAAAGAGCCAGUCGACGGGCUCUUGAUUUUUUCUUUGGCUGGUAUAUGGAUCCUCUAACAAGAGGUGAAUAUCCAACUACAAUGCGAGCUAUAUUGGGUGCCCGUCUGCCUCGUUUCACCGAAGAGCAGUCCAAGCUAGUGAAAGGUUCAUUUGAUUUCUUGGGCAUUAAUUAUUAUACUGGAAUGUAUGCCAUAGAUGACAGCUCUAUUCAAAAUCCCUUGAACAACAAUUUCACACAGGAUGCCCGGGCCACAUUAGUCUAUGAACGUAAUGGUGUUCUGAUUGGACCCCAGGGGGGAGCAGAUUGGCUGCAUGUUUAUCCAAGAGGAAUCAGGGAGUUGCUCAACUAUGUGAAAGACAAAUACAACAAUCCACCUGUUUACCUCACAGAGAAUGGGAUCGAUGAUUCGUACAAUUUAAGCAUGACUAUGCAGGAGAGACUGAAUGAUACAUGGCGAAUUAACUAUCAUUCAAAACAUUUGUUAUAUCUUGCAUUGGCAAUAAAGGACGGAUGUAACGUGAAGGGUUAUUAUGGGUGGACAUUUAUGGAUGAUUUUGAAUGGAGUGGAGGAUUCCAAAGCAAGAUGGGCUUUUAUUAUGUUGAACGUAAUAACAACUUGACCAGACGUGCAAGAGCAUCUGCUCACUGGUUCAAGGACUUUUUGCAUAACUAG